GGCUGUUGCCAGGUUAUGCCGUGCUAUAAAGCCGCUUGGCUGCAGCGCUAACGUACACAACAUCCCCAGCCACUCAUCUCAGGUGAACGAGGGACUGCUACAAAGACAACAUGCGUGAAUGCAUCUCCGUCCACAUUGGCCAAGCUGGAGCUCAGAUAGGCAAUGCAUGCUGGGAGCUCUACUGUCUGGAGCACGGCAUCCAGCCGGACGGUCAGAUGCCGAGCGACAAGACCAUCGGGGGGGGAGACGACUCCUUCAACACCUUCUUCAGCGAGACUGGAGCUGGGAAACACGUUCCCAGAGCCGUGUUUGUGGACCUGGAGCCUACGGUCAUCGAUGAAGUCCGCACAGGAACCUACCGGCAGCUCUUCCACCCGGAGCAGCUGAUCACUGGAAAGGAAGAUGCAG